CGGCGGUGCCAUUUUGUGUAGCAGAGCCUGGAGAGCGGCCGGUGGGAGGCGGCGGAGGGUUUCGGGGUUCGGACCAGAGCGGCCGGAUGGUGAAAUCCUCCCUGCAGCGGAUACUCAACAGUCACUGCUUCGCUAGAGAGAAAGAGGGGAAAAAAAGCACCAUCAUGCCCGCUGUGCUGAGCCUCAGUACCGGACAGAGCAGUUCCAGGGUUCCCUUCAAUUGCUGUAGUAACCUGGGUCCGGGGCCUCGGUGGUGCUCCGAUGUCCCUCACCCACCCCUGAAGAUCCCAGGUGGGCGAGGGAAUAGUCAGAGGGAUCACAAUCUUUCAGCUAAUUUAUUUUAUUCGGAUAAUCGGCUGAAUGUAACAGAAGAACUAACAUCUAAUAACAGGACAAGAAUUCUGAAUGUCCAGUCAAGGCUUACAGAUGCCAAACACAUUAGUUGGAGAGCAGUGCUGAACAACAACAACCUCUAUAUAGAAAUUCCCAGUGGUGCUCUGCCUGAAGGGAGCAAAGACAGUUUCGCAGUUCUUCUAGAGUUUGCUGAAGAACAGCUUCGAGUUGAUCAUGUGUUCAUUUGUUUCCACAAGAACCGAGAUGAUAGAGCUGCAUUGCUCCGUACUUUCAGCUUUUUGGGCUUUGAGAUUGUGAGACCAGGGCAUCCCCUUGUCCCCAAGAGACCAGAUGCUUGCUUCAUGGCCUACACGUUUGAGAGAGACUCCUCAGAAGAAGAAUAGAUCGCAAUGUUUGCCUCUUAGAGCUUUCUUGUUGUCUAUAAAGAUGAUUCUGUAGAAAUUUUGUCAACAUCUAUUACAGUAUAAUAUAACUCUGUACGAAACGUUGUGACCAACUGCUCUGGUGGUGAGAUGUUGAAAAUUUCAGACUCCACAUCUUUUUCUGGAUUUGUGCGCAUGUUGUGGUUGUGCAAAUAAAUGCUCCCUCCAAAUUAGCAGUAUAUUUCUUGAAGUUUAA